CUGGAUGGAGAGCUGAGUCCCGUGUCUGUCCUCGGCACUUCUCGCGUUUGUUUGAGUGUGUCUCCGGCGUCGGGGAUGUGCUCCGAGAACACCACGACCAGCAUGUGAGCUCCUGUUGGAGGAGAAACUGCGAGUAAAUGGACGAACACGAAGAUCCGGGUGAGAGCGUGUGCGCUGGAUGCCGAGGCAGGAUUCAGGAUGCUUUUCACGUCAAGCUGCACAAAGACUUCUGGCACAACGCUUGUUUCCGGUGCUCCGAGUGCUGUGAAUUCCUGACCAACUGGUACUAUGAGCGUGAGGGAAAUCUCUACUGUGGAAAACACUACUGGGAGAAAUUCGGAGAGCUGUGUCAUGGCUGCUCAUUGCUAAUGACCGGACCCGCUAUGGUGGCCGGAGAGUACAAGUAUCACCCCGAGUGUUUCGUGUGCCUGAGGUGUAGGGUGGUGAUCGAGGAGCGGGAUACGUACGCCCUGGUGGAGCGCUUCAAACUCUACUGCGGUAAAUGCUAUAAGCAGGAGAUCCUGGCACCGAUGUUGGAAAGGCGCUGCACGGCAGACUCGUCUCCAGACACGCUGCCUCACACAGUCACGCUGGUGUCCAUGCCGGCGGCUGCUAACGGGAAACGAGGCUUCAGCGUCAGCGUGCUCCGGGACUGCAGCAGCACUACGGCCAGCGUGCACGUCAAAGAGGUACGAGGGAUGCUGAUCAGCCCAGAGGUUCGAAACGCCAUCCAUGUCGGAGACCGCAUCCUGGAGAUCAACGGGCUUCCAGUAGGAACGCUGAUGGAGGAAGAGGUCGAAGAUCUCAUCCACAGAACCAGUCAGACGCUGCAGCUGCUGAUAGAGUAUGACCCGGUCAGACAAAGACUGGACCGACUUCGCCUGGGCUCACCCAGCAAUCGCCUGGGCGUUCCCGCUGCGUCACGUCUGCGUCUGUCCUCCCCGACCGACGGAGUGAUCGAGAGGACAGAUAAUGACGAAGGGACGUUAAAGAGGAGAUCUCUCAGGCGCAGUAACAGUACCUGUAAGUCCCCAGGGCCCUGUUCUCCUAAGGAGCACCCGUUUCUGUCACGGGACAUCAGCCGCUCCGAAUCACUUCGGGCCUCCUCUAGUUGCUCACAUCGCAUUUUCCGACCAUGCGACCUCAUCCACGGAGAGGUGCUCGGCAAGGGCUUCUUCGGCCAGGCCAUCAAGGUCACCCAUAAGGCCACAGGAGAAGUGAUGGUCAUGAAAGAGCUGAUCCGGUGCGAUGAAGAGACGCAGAAAACCUUCCUAAAAGAGGUCAAAGUGAUGAGAAGUUUGGAUCAUCCUAACGUCCUGAAGUUCAUCGGCGUGCUGUAUAAAGACAAGCGGCUCAACCUAAUCACGGAGUUCAUCGAGGGUGGAACCUUGAAGGACUUCAUUAGAGAUGUGGACCCGUUCCCGUGGAGGCAGAGGGUUAGCUUCGCCAAGGGCAUUGCUUCAGGAAUGUCAUAUCUGCACUCGAUGAGCAUCAUCCACAGAGAUCUGAACUCGCACAACUGCCUGGUAAAACUGGACAACACGGUGGUCGUGGCGGACUUCGGUCUGUCCCGUCUCGUCAUGGAGGACAAAGUGAAGCAGCCCUCUCCUGACAAACCCACCAACAAGAAAAGGAUAUUCCGUCGCAUCGACCGCAAGAAACGCUACACGGUGGUGGGCAACCCGUACUGGAUGGCUCCGGAAAUGCUGAACGGGAAACGCUACGACGAGAAGGUGGACGUGUUCUCUUUCGGCAUUUUACUCUGCGAGAUCAUCGGGCAGGUGUACGCCGAUCCCGAGUGUCUGCCCCGCACACUGGACUUCGGCCUCAACGUGGGCAAGUUUACAGAGAAGUUCCUACCUGAAGACUGUCCUCCUGCUUUCUUCCCGUUAGCCGUGGCCUGCUGUGACCUCGCUCCUGACAGCCGGCCGGCCUUCCAAAAGCUGGAGGACUGUUUUGCGGCCUUGGCUCUGAACCUGGAGCUCGGCAUCCCUCUCCCGGCAGAACUCGAUGAGCUACAGCAGAGAGUUUCAAAGUUAAACGGGACCAAAAGCGACGAUCUGUCUCCAAAACCCAGCUCAUCUCCGGAACGCUGCAGCCUGGAAAGCGACGGCACGUAGCGGAGCAAAACUCGAAAAAAAUAAAAAAAAAGCCCAAGUUGGGUGGGUCUGCGUACAGACUGCAUGUAGCCGUGACCAAUUCAUUGUUUUUCACACAGACAAGUUUACAUAAACGGAUAUGCUGGAUUCUGGGCACUUGGUGUGUUUUACAGUGCGUUCACACUGGGGUGUUCGUUUGCGUUGAGUCAGAAUUUAGAGGGCAUUUUAGAGUUGAUGGAUCUUUCCUUGAGAUCUAAUGAGGGAAGCACAUUUCAUGACUCAAGCAGGUUUUAUGUUUUUCUUUCAAGGAGUACAGAUUAAUCUGGGAUACUUUUGACGUCUCUGUUCCUAUUUAUAUCUUUACUGAAUCUAUUAAACAAACCGAAAUGACAUGCAGCUGCUAGGAUCAGAAUAAAACUAUAAAAACAAGGGUCUUACUAUGACUUCUGUUGCAUAUCUGUGAGCGUGCGUCGAUCUUCCUUCGAGUUAAAUUGGUAGGAACUUGUUUCCAGAGAGUCUGUCAAUCACUCGGACGACUUUGUAGCGUGCCUUUAGACCUCCUGGGUGCAGGAUGUUUCAACAAGGUAGUUAAUGAGUACUGAAAAAAGCACUUGGGCUGGUUAGAAAGGCAACAUUCCAGAUGGUGAGGAUUACUGAACCCUGCUGCCCCCUAGUGGUUGAUUACAUUAACGUGUCUAUUUUCAAGACAAAUUACCAGGACAAAAAAAUAAAUUAAUUAGAUCUGCUAAAUGUUUUUAAUCUAGUUUCGGCCAGCAUAAGUUGCCUUUUUCAGUUUAAAUUUCCACCACAAAAGAUAACUUCUAAAUGAUUAGUGAGUAUUUAGCCUGGACAAGUUGUUACGGAUUAUUAUUAUUUUUUUUUGUACAGUUUUUUUUUUCAAAGCAGCUGCCAGUUUGGUAGCAACAUAAAUGUAAUAACUGGAGAUAUGAUUUUUGGUUGUUAAGUUUUGAUGAUAAUUAUUUGAGAAUGUUUGUGUCAGAAUUGUAUAGCAGUUGUAAUUGUGUAUUGUGGGAUAACUUCGAUUUGAUGAUUGUAUUUUGUAGAAUGUAAAAAGUCCAUAGCUUUUCUCCUUCACAUCGUCUUUCAAAAGGUACUUGAUGUGUGAACAUCAUAACCACUGAUACUUGUUUUUCCUGUGCUCCUGACUCUAAUGUUUCAUGAAUAAAUUAAUUCAUUCAUUA